GGCGAGGAGCUGCGGAGGGCGAGGGAUGACUACAACAUGGCCACAGGUACCAUCUCUUCCUUGCAAAGGCAACUAGAGAUCCAAGAAUCCCAGCUUCGGAGAAUCAAAGCUGAAAAGGAAAUGCUCCAAAAGAAGCUCAGAGAGCAAGAAAAUCAGCUGCAAGCCCUGUCUGCCAAGUUUUGCAGUCUGAAAGAACAGAACUACGAAGAAGUGAUGGUGACAAUAGAGAAGGAGAACCACUCUCUUCAACAGGUUGUUACAGAACAAGAAUCCAAACUGGCUGAGCAGAACAAGCUCAUCAGUGAGUUACAGGAGACAGUCAACCAGCUACAGACAGAGGUUCUGACCAACCGAUCCCACAUCCACAAGCAGCAACGGGACCAAGAGGCAAUCCAGAGAGAAGUUGAGACGCUGCAGCACAGGGAGCUGCAAACGAGAGUGGCACUCGAAUGUGUCACCAGCAAGUUUGAAAGGUAUCGAAGCAAAAUAAUUCAGGCUACAUUCAGUACAGCAGGCAGCAAGGCCCCCCAGGCAGAGGUCACGGAUGAGGAGGUGCUGGAGGCAAUGCAGAAAAUAAUUAACCAGCGGCUGGAGUUUUAUCAGAUGCUGAAACAGAAAGGCAUCAAGGUCCCAUCGCUCCACAGCAUCGAGACGCCCACCUCAUCGCCUAACGGUGCUAAGGGAAGGAGAAAGAGUCCCGCAAGAUAG